UAUUGCAGUACUAGGAACAGUCGAUUUGAAAUUACCGUUAAUACAAUAUUAUUUUAAUUUGUGAAAAGUACGUUUCAACGUGAUCAUUUAAAACGUACAGAGUGAGAGAUCGAGUUGGCGAAACAACUUCGUACGAAACCACGUUCGAAAUUAUCUCGUUAGCGAAUUGGAAGAAACUAAUUAAUUCCCUGGCAAAAUUCUUUCCAUUUCUUUGAUUUCAUCAAUCAACAUCGAGCAACAGAUUGAAUUUUCAAGAAAAAUAUUACGAUUUAAUACCUUCGAAUGAUUUAAAUAAAUCGCCAAUCAGUUCACGUCCAAGUAUCGAUAAGUAUCGACUUCCGUCACGUGACCAGCUGUACUAUUCUACAAUUCAAAGUGAUAAACGCACGGUUGAAUGGCCUGUCGAGAAACACUCGAUUACGUUAAACAAACAAAUCGACGUAACGAUAUAAGAAAGCCAAAGUGUGUUCAGUGUUUUCGAAACGAAGCGAAUUGUUCCCUGAACGAAGGUGUAAAAUAUGGAGGAUGAUUCGGGAGCACGGGUAUCGCCCCAGGUCGAGGAGCACGAAGAAGAAUUGACCGCUCAGAGUGCUUUAUUGGCUAUAGAGGAUGCCUGGUUAAACGAGAAAUUUGCCCCCGAGAUUCUGCCCCAUCAAUCCGACCUGGUUGACUGUAUGCUGCAACAGAUCACGCACAUGGAGGAGAACAUAAAGAGGUUAGAAAAAGGGGAUCUGAGGUUUAUGAUUCAUAGAAUGGAGUUGGACAGGAUUAAAUUCGUGAUAUCUAGCUAUCUCAGGGUUCGAUUGGAGAAAAUCGAGAAAUACACCAUACAUAUACUCUCGCAGGAAGCUAACAGAUCCGGGGACCAGUGUUAUUUAACAGCCGCAGAGCUACAAUUCGCUAAAGACUUUCUCGCUAGUAUAGAAACACUCUUUAGAACGAUCGCUUUGCAGCACAUGCCUGGUAGCUUCCAGGCGUUCGAAGUUAACAAAAUGAUCGUUAAGCCCAACAUGCAGACAUACGUGUUCUUACGGGCUAACGAGAAAAUUAAUGGAAUCGUACUGCCCGACUCGUUGGACGAGGAAAUUGAUUUCGAACAAGGCUCCCAACACAUUAUACAGUAUAGUGCUGUUGCAGAUUUAGUUAAAAGCGGUGCUGUUCAAUUAAUCUAACGCUACACACGGAAUAAUUUUUUAUAAAGAAAUA